AUGGAGGCGGAGGUGCUUUCGAAGAUGAAUUGAAUCUUCUAGUUAUUAUAGUUGAUACCAACCCAAUUUGGUGGGGGAAGCAAGCAUUAAAGGAAUCCCAGUUCACGUUAUCGAAAUGCAUAGACGCAGUGAUGGUGCUGGGAAAUUCUCACUUAUUCAUGAACCGGUCCAACAGACUCGCGGUGAUAGCGAGUCACAUUCAGGAAAGCCGAUUCCUGUACCCUGGGAAGAACGGGCGACUCGGAGACUUCUUCGGGGACCCUGGCAACCCCGCUUCUGAAUAUAACCCCUCGGGGAGCAAAGACGGGAAGUACGAGCUGUUGACAGCAGCAAAUGAAGUCAUUGUGGAGGAGAUCAAGGAUCUGAUGACCAAGAGUGACAUAAAGGGGCAGCACACAGAGACUCUGCUGGCAGGGUCCCUCGCCAAAGCUCUGUGCUACAUCCACAGGAUGAACAAGGAGGUUAAAGACAAUCAGGAGAUGAAGUCCAGGAUACUGGUGAUCAAGGCCGCGGAAGACAGCGCCCUGCAGUACAUGAACUUCAUGAACGUCAUCUUCGCGGCGCAGAAGCAGAAUAUUUUGAUCGAUGCGUGUGUUUUAGACUCCGAUUCAGGACUCCUCCAACAGGCUUGUGACAUCACAGGGGGCCUGUACUUGAAGGUGCCGCAGAUGCCCUCCCUCCUGCAGUACCUGCUGUGGGUCUUUCUUCCUGAUCAGGACCAGAGAUCUCAGUUAACCCUCCCUCCCCCCAUUCACGUGGACUACCGGGCCGCCUGCUUCUGCCACCGCAACCUCAUCGAGAUCGGCUACGUCUGUUCUGUGUGCUUGUCGAUAUUCUGCAACUUCAGCCCCAUCUGCACUACCUGCGAGACGGCCUUUAAGAUUUCUCUGCCUCCCGUGCUGAAGGCCAAGAAAAAGAAACUGAAAGUGUCUGCGUGAUGGUCGAGCUUUCCCACCUCCCAGAGCUGCCGUAGAAACGGGGGAGGGGAGAGGGGAGUCUUUGUAAGGAGGCUCCGAAAAAUACAGCGAUGUGUAAGAAUUCCUAAUGCGGUUCCUUACAGGAUGCAGUCCUAAAAGAUCACCCUCACCCUGUGGGGACUGCUGUACGUGGGGAGCCCUUCUCUGCAGUAUCCAUCCCUAGAAUGCUUCCAGAGGGUUCUGUCCAGACGGGGAAAAGCGCACAUUUGUGACUUUUUAAACCGGACGAUCACGUGUCACACCAGCCUGUCCUGACUGGGCGUAGGCUUUAGAGCUUCUUACUGUCAAGCGUUACAGGGGGAAUUGGAACAGUUUCAGAAAAAGUGAGUGAGGGCCUAGUCAACAUGCACCGUCUUACAUACGUGGAUCCACUUUCAGAUCCUUGUUGUCUGCGUGGAGCUUCAGCCUCAGGUACUUGCAGGUACUCAGUCCUUUGUGUGACGUCGGCACAUGUUUGGACAGCGAUGCCCAAAUAAUAAUAACAGUUUGUCUCGGAAUCACUGCCAAAUGGCUUUACAUGAGUCAGGCGAGUGAUGCAGGAGUCUGGCGGCAACUUCUUCAGAAGCAGUUGUGUGAGGAGGUCAUUUGUGAACGCUGAUGUCUGGACUGUGAGGGUACUCCAGGGUUGGGGGGAUGGAUUCUUUAUAGUGUCACCCGCAGACUGAAUCCUUUCUUUUUAACCAAGGAAAAGAAAUAAAAGUAUUAACACUGGCUAACUGAUCUCUAGAAGCUUUGGACUUAAUACUGAAAAUUUCUGUCGGUUCAAAUGAAAAAAUAUUUGUAAUUUCAGCAAUAAAAAUCGUAUUUUUUCC